CCAGAUGCUGCCUGCCUGACCACUCUGACAAGAAUGCGAUGCUAGUUUAGUUCCGCUCAUUUGAAACAGCGGAUAAAAUGGAUACUUUCGCCCUGACCGAAGGCAUCAUUCCGGAGCAGAACCAGCAGGAUGAUCGCGGCUCCGGAAACCUGCCUGAGGGUGCUCAGAAGUUCCAGCGCGCGAUUGCAGCUUGGAGAGGCAUUGAUUUUGCCAACACUAUCGCGAAACUAGAUGCCACCGCUUCGGACAUCGUUGCUCAGCAGCGCGACGCCCUCGUCCAAAGGAAGGACCUAGCACAGAAAACCAAAGAUUUCCGAAAACUAGAUGAUGCUUCGAAACUUGCAGAAUACAAGGGCCUUCUGAAGGCCUACCAAGCGUUCAUCGAUCUCCUAACAAACCAAGGAAAGGCAUCGUCAUCUGCGUUUCUACAACUAUAUUCAUCAUUAUCAGAGGCCCCUGAUCCGUACCCGCUUCUUGAAGCUUCAGUCGAUUCGCUUGUAGUUUCAGAAGAUACAGUCCCUAAGUUGACUUCCGAGAAACAGCACUUACAAAAGUCGGUUGACAGCCUCACAAGUCAACUAGAAAACACGGAAAGACGGUUACAAGAAGAGCGCUCUGCCCGACGGAAGUUGGAGGAGAAUCAAGAUGCCAAAAUCAAGGAAAUCGAAGCUUCCUGGUCCGCAGUGCUAGCGGAGAAGUCGGAUAACUGGACCGCCAAAGAGAAAAGUUUGGAAGAGAAGGUAGAGAAUCAGGAUCGUCUAUUGAAGGAACUCAAAGCGAGUUAUGAAGUAUCCCAGCGCUUAGACCAAAAUGACGAGGCCGAUAGCUCCCGACACGCCACUGCCGCAGAGUUCGACCUUGUCUCUGCAGAUCUUGAAAAGACCAGCUUGAGGCUAGCAGAAGUGGAGGCACAUAAUGAACGACUGAGGCUUGAGCUUGCUCAAGCCGUGUCACAAUCACAGUCAGGGCAAACAACGUCCGUCGAAGAUGAUCCUUCAUAUCUUCGUUUGCAGUCCGAGAAUUCUUCAUUGCUUCGGAAGCUUGAUGCAUUGCGGUUUGAUAGGGACUCUGAUAGGCAUUCGUGGGAAGCCAAAAUUCACCAAUCUGAAAGGCAAAGUGCUAAUCUGGCUGCCGAGCGGGAUGAACUGCGGUCGAAGCUGGAGAAGUUUGCAGAUUAUGAGGACAUUCGCCGGGAAUUGGAGGUGAUCAAGUCCAUUGAGUUUUCUGCCGGAGAUGAUGAUGAUGCUGGAGAUAUCGCGGACGAUAUCACUGCAGCUGCUACAAAUGGUGCGGCAUCAAAAUCCAAGGAGAACAAUUUAGAGCGAUUGCUUUUGGCUAGGAACAAGAAGUUAACCGAUGAGCUUACCAUCCUACGCGUAUCUCACCGAGAUCUUCAGGGUCAGCUUGAGACCCUACGUGAUGAGCUCUCGCAGACAAAGGAGGAACUUGAGAAAUCUCAGAACCUCUCCGCUACGCUUGAGAACGAUCUUCUCAGAGUGCAACAGGAGGCAGCAAAUGCUUUCCCAUCUUCUGCUAUGUCUGUUGCGGGAACAUACAGUUCGAAAUACCAUGUCCCAUCACGAAGGGGAGCAUCGUCACCAACAUCAUCGAUCAUAUCUGGCUUUGACCAAUCAGCAACAUCCGUCAAUAACAUGGAUGCUAUCCGUGCCGGAGAACCAGUGGGAGGUGGUUCUGGUAUCUUGCCCAUGGUGCAAGCGCAGAGAGACCGUUUCAAGAAGAAGAAUGCGGAACUUGAAGAAGAUCUUUCGAAGAUGUACAACACAGUAAAGUCCCUCAGACAGGAAGUGGCUUCUCUUCAAAAAGACAAUCUCAGUCUUUACGAAAAGACACGGUAUGUGUCCUCAUACAACCGUGGCCAGGGGGCGUCUUCAUCCGCAUCUGCGUAUGCGAAUAAGCCGGGAGCAACGUCGGUCCAUUAUUCAGCAGAUACGCCUUCGGGGCUCUCUCUCGACCGGUAUCAAUCUGCCUAUGAGGCACAAAUUUCACCUUUCGCCGCUUUCCGAGGCCGCGAAUCUGCACGUGCGUAUAAACGCAUGACGCUCCCGGAGCGUAUUGUCUUUUCUCUAACGCGCAUCAUUCUUGCCAACCGAACGAGUAGAAAUCUAUUUGCAGGUUAUUGCUUUGCACUUCACAUUCUGCUUCUUGCCAUGCUAUAUACAAUGAGCACAAUGGAGAUAGAAAAGCAUAGCAGCGCGACCCUCAGCGCUGUCGGCGGUGCUGCUGCUGCUAGAAUGGCAGCUGGUGCAGGCGGAAGUGGUUCCGGACAAGGGCAUGGUGAUGAUUGGCAGCAAGAAGGCUUCAACCAUGUGGGAUAAUUGCAUAUAAUGCAUCUGGUUUUUUUUUUUUUUUUUUCUUUUCUUGGAGCGUGUGUCUAUUGUACUCCAUAGUGGGCGUUCGGUACGGUUCCUACGAUAUAUGUCACUAUAUAAGCUGGAAUUUCUAGAACCACGGCCAUGGAUGGGAGAGGGCAUUCAGCAGGGUCUUCCGUGCGCAUGGUGAUAAUGUCUCCAGAGUGAAUUUUCUCCUCCUUAUGACAGUCCCAGAGCUUCACAUCAUUUCCUGCUGAGGAAGAGCUGUCAGGGAAGAGUACAGGACGAGAUGUAGUGGCAAUGGUCUUCACGGCAUCAUUCCACCGAAGCCAGAAGAAUUGCACCUUCAAUGUAGUCUGAUCAUUGGAGAGCCAAGGGGUUUCAAAGCAGACAGCGCCUUUCCCCAGUAUGAAUGCACACUAGGUGCAAGAGUUAGAAGAUUUCGGCAAGUCUCUGUGCGCCUCUCCUCAAAAACUGAGCUCUCCCAUUCUUUGAUACGACUCUCGUUCCAGAAGGUGCGCAGGGUGUCCCAGAACAUCUUGUGGAGGUGAUGUUCAACACGAUUUCCCAUUGAAAGUGGAUAAAUAUGAGCGAUCUCGACGGGACCACCCCACCCGCCUUGAUACUGACACAUCUACCCCCGUCGCUAUUUCCACAUUGAGUAUUGUCAGCAAGGAAACACAAAACCAUAAGGCAUCGGGUGGAAUGGGAUCUUACCAAUUCGCACGCAUCACGGUCGCGCAGUAAGGGCCAGGUUGCCUGAGUCCCCUCUGCAGCAGCUGAAGAUAGAUGAGGUUCCUCAAGGCUUGCAAACAGGCGCUUGGGCGGCCUCACAGGAGACCCUGCAUAGGCGGGCGUGGGUCCAACAGGAGAUGAGACUGCAAAACGAGCACGAACUCUCUGCAACCCUGAUACACCAUCAUGUAUUAGCACUGGGAAUGUUAUUGCCUCAGUAGUAGUGAGGGGAUUUACAUUGUUGCACAACUCUGCUUGAACCAAGAUUAUUCAAUCCAAUAGCAACAGACGGCGCAUUGGUGUCAGAUUGCUCAGCCAAGAUUCGGAGACGUUCAAUGUCGCUUAGCCACACGCAGGCCCACGCAAAUGAUACAAAUAGGGCAAGCAGGGUGCUCAGGCGUUGGACCUGAGUUGCCAUAUGCCUGGGCGUAGCCCAUGACACCUCUUGCGCUGUCAGAUCUCAUAUGCAGAAACAAAUUCUUGAAGACUUCAUCAUGGAAAGCCCAUGCUGUGUUCCCAGUAUGUGUGUUUACUGUAUCCGCCAUAUGAUCCUAUU